AUGCCUGGAAGACGUGAGAAAACCUCGAUUCCCGCCGAAGAGCUCGUUAACCGCAUACACGCAUUGAAAAAGAAAAUACAGUUGUCUGAGGGCCAGAAGAAAGCGCAGUAUGAAGAGUGCGAGGAAGAAAAGAAGAAGAACAACGAGAAAAUUCAAACGUUGAAAAAAGACAUCAAAAGAAUGUACGAAAUAAAAAGAGAAAAUUCCACGUGUGUAGACGCCCUUCCAGACGCGUCGGCGAAAAGCCACGAUAGCGUGGUGAUUUUGAAGAGGAAGAAAUAUCACGAGGCGUUGGAUAUUUUGGACGGCAAGUUGAUCGACGUGAAGAAAAAAACCGACCUAAUUAGACACGAUAUCAAACAGAAAAGAACCAAGCUGAACGACUUGUUCGAGAGAUGGAGUGACGUGCGGUCAAAGAUCAACUCGGUCGUGAGCAGGGAUACAGAUACCGCCAAGUCGUUGUCGGCGCUAGAAAACCGAUCUCAUCAAGUCGACAUGAGCAGAAUGGAAGCGUCGCACGUCACUCGCAAAUACAGGUCUAUAAAGAACCAACUGUUGCAGGACUCGGUAGUGUUCGAUUCUACACUGGACAAGCUAGAAAAAUCCUUGGACGAGCAACAACGAGAAAUUCAAAGACUCCAGAAAAUAAACGAAGAAGCGGUCAAAUCGAGAGACAAGACCAGGCAAGUGUUGCACAAGAAAGAGGUGAACGCGGCGAACAUAGCGAAAUUCCGUAUGAGACAAGUGGAACACAUCAGAGCUCAGGUGGAAGAGAGGAAAUUGGAGCUGGAGAAGCUGGAAAGAAAAAUAUUCCCCCCGGGCCAGAGGGUGGUCCAACAGGAUUCGGUUCCUAGUUCGUCGGACGAACAGCGGCUGGGAGACAAUGCAUCUACCGACAGCCAAGAGGUAUCCGACACGGCGUACAUGAAAUUAAAACAAGUAACCGGUUCGAUUGACUGCGAGGAUGUCAGAAGGAAAUUCGUAUCGCAAAAAGAAACCAAGGACAGACUUACCGCCUUGAAGACGAACACCGAGAAGGAAAAAAAUUCUUUGCAAAUGAAAUUCCAACAGCUAAAUGACGAGUUCGAACAGUGCCGGUUUUCUGAUGCACAAGAAAAAGAACAGAACCAAGAGGAAACCGAAUUGCUAAAGCAACAAAUCCUCGAACAGCAAAACCGACUGACUUGUUUGCAAAAAGACGGAUCCAGACUGUGCGAACAGAUAAACCGAAUCUUGGUCAGAUUGUACGACAUGUGCUUGUUGCUGAGAGAAGCCGACAGUGCGCCCGUCCCGGACAAGUGUCCUGGUAUGGACAAAGGAGAUUGGUUGAUAUGUUUGUUGCAGACCAAAUACGAGAGUGUAGUGAAAACUGGCGAGAUCAAGUACACAGAAACCGACGGCAGCACAGAACAAAAGAUCAUAGCUCCUCUGUGGACGUUGGGCGAGAACGUGGUGGAAUCGGCGAACAAACUAGAAGAAGAAGAAGAAAAACCCGUACCCAAUAGGUACCUGAUUAAAAAACAGGCACAACUGGUCGUGGACUCGAAAAGCAAAAAAAAAGGAUUUAGAAUGCAAAAAAGCAACUUGUGAAAAUGUAAAAAAAAAAAAUAUGGAAAUUAUUACAAUGUUACUAUUGGAAUGGUAACGUUAUACAACAACAUUUAACCUUGUUUUUGGAACAAUAACCAAAAUACGUCAUAUGUUUAAUUUUAAAUUUAUUUUGAAAGGAAAAUUGACUAAACGCGACUUUUUCGUUAAAAAUUGCUACGUGUGGCGUCACGUUAAGUCGAGUAGUCUAUUAUUUUU